GUUAACCACAAUCGAUUCUUUUCCAUCUCUAAUGCUCUCAUUGAACAUUAUUUUGUUUUCUAUUAAAUAGUAAAUAAUAAUCAGACCUAAUUCACGAGAUGGUGUUCUAUUUCAAGAGUAAUGUGGUGCAGCCAGCGGCGAUGCUAUACAUGGGACGCGACAAGUACGAGAACGAGGAGCUCAUCCGCUGGGGCUGGCCGGAGGACGUCUGGUUUCAUGUAAACAACCUGUCGUCGGCGCACGUCUAUUUGCGUCUGCACCGUGGCCAGACCAUCGAUGACAUUCCCAGCGACGUGUUGGUGGAUGCCGCCCAACUGUGCAAGGCCAACAGCAUCCAAGGCAACAAGGUGAACAACCUGGAGGUGGUCUAUACCAUGUGGGAGAAUCUAAAAAAAACACCGGGCAUGGAGCCCGGCCAGGUGGCCUAUCACGACGAGAAGGCGGUGCGCAAAAUCAAGCUGGAGAAGCGAGUCAAUGAGAUCGUCAACCGCCUGAACAAGACCAAGACGGAGGAGGAGCAUCCUGAUUUUCGUGGGCAGCGUGAGGCGCGCGAUGCCGCCGAGCGCCAGGACCAAAAGAAGCUGCAGCGGGAGCGUCGCGAACAGGAGAAGACGGCGGCCAAGCAGCGUGAAUUGGAGGCGGAGCUGCGUAGCUAUGCGUCGCUCCAGAAGACUGAAAAUAUGCGCACCAACUAUGAUGCCGGCAACGAGUCGGAUGACUUCAUGUAGUGUCCCUUGUGCUCAUCUCUCUAUCUCAAUGUCCACUCUCGCUCGCUGCUCACUCCUCAGCUCACCGCUGUUUUUAUUUUUGAUUUUCUAUUAAAUCAUACGAAACUUGUUUCUGUACAUAA